CGCGGACAGCGGCACAGGGAUGUCGUCCGCGCGGCGGGAGACCUGGACGCGUGUCACCUUCAGCGGAGCGCGAGCGCCGGCUGUUGCUAGGCGACCAGAGGCUGGGAUGAGCGGGGAGGCGUGUCCUAACAAGCUUGGAUCAACCAAUCAGCUGCGACUUCUUCUGUACAUCCUGGUUCCCACAGUGAGCCUGCUGGGAGCCCUGCUGCUGGGGGGGCUGAUCCUGACAGGUAUCUUCAGCAGCGGUGUCCUUAACUCCGCCCCCCUUCCCUCCCCGAAGCCCAUGUCUGACACCGACCCCGGUUACCAUGACAACCGCACAAGCCCCUCCUCCUCAUCCCCUUUCGCCGCCACAGAAAACGCCACCUCAGACGCGCCGACACGAGGCCCCGCCCACACACAGAGCACACCUGCCGCCGUGACUGAGACCGCCUCCUCUCAGGCCACACCCACUCAGGUCUUCACAGAGCCGCCUCCUGAUUGGCUGACAUCUGUGACCUCACUGAGCACUGCCUGGCCAAUCAGCACCACCGCUGCCCCCGACACAGGAAGCUGUCAGCUGAUCGUGGAGCCGCAGUGUCACAUGUUACCGUACAACCAAACAUGGCUGUCCUCCGCUGUUUCUGUGGUGAAGAGUUCAGAGGUCGACAUGUUACUAAGGUUCUUCAGUUACCUCAGCAGACUGUCCUGUUACAGACACAUCAUGCUGUUCGGCUGUUCACUGGCACUGCCUGAGUGUGUCACCACAGACACCUACAGCAGACGCCUGGUUCUUCCGUGCUCGUCCUUCUGCGAGGCUGCCAGGGAAGGCUGUGAACCCGUCCUCCAGAUGUUCAACGCCUCGUGGCCUGACUUCCUGCGCUGUUCCCAGUUCAGCAACGCCUCGUCUGCAUCAUCUGCAUCAGCGUCGCCCGUAGCAACAGAAGGCCCCGCCCCCCCAGCGUGUUACACACCCAGACACAUCAAAGGCAAAUCAUCUGUGUGCGGUGGGAAAGAGCACUUCCUGUGUGCGACGGGGAUUUGUGUCCCCCAGAAACUGGUGUGUAACGGAUACAACGACUGUGACGACUGGAGCGACGAGACGCACUGUGUUUGUCCAGACGCUGAGUUUCGCUGUGACACUGGACGCUGUUUGUCUCCUGAUCUGGUCUGUGACGGAUACGACGACUGUGGAGACAUGAGCGACGAGACGCACUGUGUGUGCGACCUGAGUCGGGAGCAUCGCUGCGGUGACGGUCGCUGCGUGUCCACAGACUGGCUGUGUGACGGAGACCACGACUGUCUGGACAAGAGCGAUGAGCUCAACUGCUCCUGUCGGAGUCAGGGUCUUCUGGAAUGUCGGAACGGUCAGUGUAUUCCAUCUGCGUUUCGUUGCGACGGUGAAGACGACUGUAAAGACGGGAGUGACGAAGAGCAGUGUGUUAAAGAGCAGACUCAGGGGGCGUGUCCUCCUGGUCAGCCCAGCUGUAUCUCCACUUCCUGUUCGUCGUCAUGUGGGGGAGGGGCCAACGCCGUCUGUGACCCCCGAAACAACAGCAGCUGCACCCGCUGUGAGCCAAUCAGCUUGGAGCUGUGUAUGAACCUGCCCUACAACCUGACCAGCUUCCCCAACCACCUGGGCCACCUGUCGCAGAGGGAGAGCUCCGUGUCCUGGGAGGCCUCCCUGUUCCCGGCGCUGGUCCAGACCGGGUGUUACCAGUACCUCAUGUUCUACGCCUGCACCCUGCUGGUCCCCAAAUGUGACCCCCUGACCCUGCAGAGGGUCCCGCCCUGCAGGUCGUUGUGUCGUAAUGCGAAGGAGAAGUGUGAGUCGGUGCUCGGCAUUGUGGGAUUGCAGUGGCCGGAGGACUCGGACUGCAGUCAGUUUCCGGAGGACGGCGGGAACAGCACGUGUCUCCUGCCGGAGGACGGAGUGGACGAAUGCUCUCCGAGUCACUUCAAGUGUCGGUCGGGUCGCUGCGUCCUAGCGACAAAACGCUGCGACGGACACGUGGACUGUGACGACCACAGCGACGAGGAGCACUGUGGCUGUUCUGAGCGCGCUCUGUGGGAGUGUCCGGGCAGUAAAGUGUGCAUUCAAAGCAGCAUGAUCUGCGACGGGUUCCCAGACUGCCCCCUGCUGGUGGACGAGGCCAACUGCUCGACGUGCAGAGACAACGAGCUGCCCUGUAACAACCACCAGUGUGUCCACCGAACGCUGUGGUGCGACGGCAAGAAGCACUGCUCCGACAGCUCCGACGAGUGGGACUGCGUGUCUCUGUCGGACCGGGCCGGGUCGGUUCUGACCGUGUUCAGGACGGCGGCGGAGUACCAGGUCUGUGGGGACGAGUGGAACCAUGAACUGAGCCAACUGACCUGCAACCAGCUGGGACUAGGGGUUCCCGCCUCCGUUUCCAUGGUACCCGAUCAGCCCGGCGUUCCCGGUCGUCGGCGUUGGUUACACGUCCAUCCCGAGUGGAACCUGCGGAACGCUACGGCUCUGCAGGCGCGACUGGAGAAGAGGAGCCACGCGUGUCAUUCCAGGAGGCGGGUGUCGCUCCUGUGCACCAGAGAAGACUGCGGCCUCCGCUCCACGGUGGGCAUGUACCGCCACAGGAAGAAGAGGAUUCUGGGAGGUCGAGUGUCCCGUCAGGGGGCAUGGCCUUGGCAGUGCUCCCUGCAGAGCGGUCAGAGCGGUCACGUGUGCGGCUGCGUCCUCAUUGGUCGGAAAUGGGCUCUGACCGUCGCUCACUGCUUCGAAGGGAGGGAGAGUGCAGACCUGUGGAAGGUGGUCCUGGGUCUUAAUAACCUGGACCAUCCUGGUCUUCACAGUCAGACCCGGGGCGUUCGCUCCAUCCUGGUCCACCCGCGCUACAACCGGGCUGUGGUCGACUAUGACAUCAGCGUGGUGCAGCUGGACGCCGAGAUCGACGAGACACCGUUCGUGAGACCGGUUUGUCUGCCUGGAGCCGGACAGCUGCCGUCACCCGACACCUACUGUUACAUCACAGGGUGGGGUCACAUGGGCAACCGCAUGCCGUUCAAACUCCAGGAGGGUGAGGUGCGCAUCAUCUCCUUUUCUCAGUGUCAGUCGUACUUUGACAUGAAGACCAUCACUCCCAGAAUGCUUUGCGCCGGUUAUGACGCUGGGACCGUGGACUCCUGCAUGGGGGACAGCGGCGGUCCCCUGGUGUGCGAGGACGCCAGCGGGCGCUGGACGCUGUUCGGUUUGACGUCCUGGGGCAGCGUCUGCUUCAGUAAAGUCCUGGGACCUGGAGUCUACAGCAACGUGACCCACUUCACCCCCUGGAUCCGACGGCAGAUCUACGUCCACACCUACCUGACCAACUGAUGCAUUCCAGGCCACGCCCACAACCAACACUACAGCCCCCACGAUGCACCGCAGUCUCGGAGCGCCUCAGCAGGGUUAGACCAGAUGACAGGACAGGGAGGUCAAAGGUCAGAGUCCAGGACCAGAAACCAGGUCUCAGACGCAGAAUGAACUGAUGACCUCCAGCGCUGGGCGACGUGUCGCCUGCACCGGACCAGAACCAGCUGAUCUGAAACCCAUGUGAGCGAGUUUAUAAAGACACGGACACACGAUCCGACUAAAGGAACUAGCGUUAGCCUUCACUUUGAAAAACAGAUGAAUGUUCAUCAAACACCUACAAACAGCUGACAUUAGCAACCACAGCUAAUGCUAAUGAAGCUGACCAGCAGCUAAUGUUAGUUAGCGAGGUACCCGAAGCUAAUGUUAGCUAGUGAGCUAACCAAGGCUAAAGUUAGCUAGCAAGAUAACCGAAGCUAAUAUUAGCUAGUGAGCUAAGCACAGCUAAUGUUAGCAAGCAAGCUAAGCAAGGCUAAUGUUAGCUUGUGAGCUAAGUGUAGACUGAGAGAACAUUACAAAAAGUUGAAGUUCUUUUAGUAAAUAGCAGAUUUGUGUCAGUGUCAAAUGUUUAUUUUAUUCAUACGGAAAAAAACUAAGCUAGUCUUUUACUCCUGAACUUCAGAUCCUGGACAGUUUGUUUGUUUAAGAAAAAUUAACAGAAAUCUUCUAUUUCAUCACAAUAACAAACCAAAGAUCGCAUUAGUUGAACCUCCUGUACAAUAGGACGUUGUGUUUUAACGUCCAUGUGGAACGGAUCUGGGUUCUGAUUCUGGUCCAGAUCAGGCAGAGGCCGGUACUAAUGUUGGGGUUCUUAUCGAACUAAACCGGACCCGUCGUCUCUGCGUCCCCUUCUGGACUCAGUGUUUGUUCAAACGUCGCUGCCGUCGCUUUGUUGGUUUCGCUGAAUCCGAGCUGCUGCUGAAACUGACCACGAUGCUUCACUCUCUAGUGCCUGUUCUUCAACUUCGCAGUUUAAAACAACCUGUUACCUGUAAAAUGUUAAAAUGUCGCAUUGUGUGUAGGUGUGAGUGCGGAUGAGGAUUAUUUUGCUAAACCGCCAUCCGUUUGGGCAACUUCUGAAACAUGUACUUUACAUUUUAAAUCUGAAACAACAUAACUAUAAUCGCAGAUUUAAAGACGUUUAAAGCACAUUUUCCCUGAAAGAUGACUUGUAGAAAACACUUAAUUCAGUCGCUAACAGCUCAGUGUUGCUCUGUGACGCUAACAGAAACAUAUCCUAGCUUUAGCUUUUUACUUACAAAACUUUUUUUAUUAAAUAGUGCAGUUUAAAAAAAAAACUUUUAUGCUAGUGCCAUGCUAACAGCCAGGUUAGCGCCUGUAGGGAUGUGAAGCACAAGUGUAGCUCAUUAGAUAAUGUGUUGUCAUAGAGUUAGCAUUAAGCUACAUUAGCUUUUUCUAUGUAUUCUUGAACCAUAUUGGUAAAACAGUAGUUUCAAACUAGCUAGAAGCAGCUAAGCUAACAGAGUGUAAGGUUAGCAUUAAGACAGGUGUUAGUGUCGACGAAGCUAAAGGCUAACGGUCGUUUGAGACGGUAUAUCUGAUCCGUUUGUUCGUUUAGUGAAUCAUCGUCUGAAAACAUCGUCAUGGUUUUGACUGUUAGUUUUUCUGGUUUGUUUAGUUGUCGUAUGUGUUCGUUUCCAUGGUGAUGCCAGUGCGUUUAUAAAACAGUAGAACUGGUCCUUUCACAGUUUGGUGUUUCAUAUGUUUAUUUUCUAAUUAAUACAUUUGUUAUUUUUGACGCUAGUUUCUUCAGGUUUUAUGUGUCAAUGACGGUUCUGUUCAGGUGGAUCCAGAAGGAACCGGACCCCCAAUGGCAUCCCAACACCCCCGGGGGGGGGGGGGGCGGCAGCACGGCACCACCUGCAUUGAGAAACACUAUUUUAGAUGAACUGGAACACAAAGAAAAGUAAAAACCCAGUGGGGAGUGCUGACCUGCACAAGCAUGGAAACACCCCCUAAAUGUCCUGGAAACACCCCCUAAAUGUCCUGGAAACACCCCCUAAAUGUCCUGGAAACACCCCCUAAAUACCCUGGAAACACCCCCUAAAUACCCUGGGAACACCCCCUAAAUGUCCUGGAAACACCCCCUAAAUACCCUGGAAACACCCCCUAAAUACCCUGGGAACACCCCCUAAAUACCCUGGGAACACCCCCUAAAUACCCUGGGAACACCCCCUAAAUACCCUGGGAACACCCCCUAAACACCCUGGGAACACCCCCUAAAUACCCUGGAAACACCCCCUAAACACCCUGGAAACACCCCCUAAAUGUCCUGGGAACACCCCCUCAAUACCCUGGGAACACCCCCUAAAUGUCCUGGGAACACCCCCUAAAUACCCUGGAAACACCCCCUAAAUGUCCUGGGAACACCCCUAAAUACCCUGGAAACACCUCCUAAAUACCCUGGGAACACCCCCUAAAUACCCUGGAAACACCCCCUGAAUGUCCUGGGAACACCCCCUAAAUACCCUGGAAACACCCCCUAAACACCCUGGGAACACCCCCUAAAUGUCCUGGGAACACCCCCUAAAUACCCUGGGAACACCCCCUAAAUGUCCUGGGAACACCCCCUAAAUACCCUGGAAACACCCCCUAAAUGUCCUGGGAACACCCCCUAAAUACCCUGGAAACACCUCCUAAAUACCCUGGGAACACCCCCUAAAUACCCUGGGAACACCCCCUAAAUACCCUGGGAACACCCCCUAAAUACCCUGGGAACACCCCCUAAAUACCCUGGGAACACCUCCUAAAUACCCUGGAAACACCUCCUAAAUACCCUGGAAACACCUCCUAAAUACCCUGGGAACACCCCCUAAAUACCCUGGGAACAUCCCAUAAACCCCCAUAAACCCCCGUAAACCUCCGUAAACCCCCGUAAACCCCUGUAAACCCCAGUAAACGCCCCAUUCAAAGUGGGCCCUCGGUGUUCGUGUGAACCCGGCGUCGUAGUUUUUGGCUUUAGUUUUGUCGUACGUUAACCCUUCGCAGAUGGGCGUUUCCGUCACCAGUUGCCCGACGCGGCGGCGGCGUGCGCUGAUGCUGACGUCUGACUGACGGACAGAACAUUCCAGGCGGGUGUUGUGUUGUUGUUGUUGUUUUGUGUGUUUGGUUUUUUAAGAGUAUUUUUCUACGGCUUUUGUAUGCGUCUGCGAACGUGCGAGUGUGUCUGUGUCGACGCAGAUGCCGAGCGUCGCUGUUGCCGUGGGUUACGUGCAGGUGUGUGUGUGUGUGUGUGUGUGUGUGUGUCGUCGGUGAACCUUUGGUUUGUAAAGGCCUCUGUAUCAUGAAUAAAGCUGGACUCUGUG